AUGACGAAGCAUGUCUACGGCGGCGCGUCCUUUUCCUCCAUGGGAGCCUUCCAGGACUCGGAAGGACAGGCUGAAGUUCUGUCCAUCCUCCUUGCCAACGGCGUCACAAACAUCGACACCGCGCGUAUCUACCAAGGCUCCGAGGAAGCCAUCGGCAAACUAUCCAAACGUACCGAAUUCGUAAUUGACACGAAGCUAGCCGGCGGCUUCAUGCCCGGCACCCUCCCCGACGCAGUUGCAGACGCAAAGGCCUCGCUAGAAACCGUCAAAAUCCCCCAAUUCGACAUCCUCUACAUCCACGCGCCUGACGCCAGCGUCCCCCUUGAGCAGACGCUCUCAAACAUCAACGCAGUCCACAAAGCUGGCAUCUUCCGCCGUUUCGGCCUGUCAAACUACUCUGUCGACGACGUUCAGAAAGUAUACGACCACUGCAAGGAAAACAGCUUCGUCCUGCCCACAGUCUACCAGGGAAACUACAACCCCGUCGCUCGCCACUACGACACCCAGCUCUUCCCCACCCUGCGCCGCCUCGGCAUAGCCUUCUACGCCUAUUCGCCUCUCGCCGGUGGCUUCCUGACCAAAACAACCGCCGACAUCGACGCGGGCGUGGGCCGCUUCGGGGCUGAAGCGCUCGGCGGCUUGUACAAAGCGCUGUACGACAAGCCCAGUCUGCGCCAGGCGCUCGCCCAGUGGAAUGAGGCUGCGCAGAAGGAGGGCGUGGCCAAGGCGGAGCUGGCGUAUAGGUGGGUUGCGUACCAUUCUGCGCUCAAGGAGGACCAGGGCGAUGCGGUGAUUUUCGGGGCUAGCUCAGUGCGCCAGAUCGAGCAGACGCUGCAGGGGCUGAAGAAGGGGCCGUUGAGUGAAGAGGCGGUGCGCGCGAUUGAGGGGAUCUGGGAGAGUGUUAAGAAGGAUGCACCGGUGGAUAACUACACUGCUUCGGUGGAACUGAAGAAGAAGUAG